AUGUACGAACCCGAGCCUGAAACAAAUAUGCAUGGAUCAGGGAAAAACUGGCUGCGUGUGCUGUCGCCUCGGACUUAUACAGAGAAGCUACGGAAGAGAGAGAGCAAAGGCGCUCUAAAUGAGAAAGAUCUCAGAAACCCCAAGAUGUCAAAUGCUAGAAAGUCGGAAGAUUCGCCUCGCAAGAGGACAAAGCACCAAGAGCUGCCUGCUACUCCCCCGGCAGAGGCCGAUGAGCAGCCCGUCGAGCACAUGACUCAAGAUGAGAAACUGCUCCAGGUUGGGGAUCAAUUGAGGCAGAACCUCAACAAUUCUCAGCAACAAGAGGGCUAUGACCAAGACCGGAAAGACCUGCUACGGGAGGAACAGACGCAGUCUUGGGAUAGGAAAUCUAAAAUUUCCGCUUCCGAAGCUGAGAAACUUGCUGCCGACAUUGUGUGGAAGAUACGAGAACACGAGCGCGACAAUCUCUUCGGUAAUAAGGCAUCAGAAGCCAUCCCGGAUGAAUCGACCAGGGACAUGGGUGGCCAGUUCCUCACCAACAAGGAGAGGAUUGAUCUUGAAAGCCAGCUUUUCGAAAUAGUCAAGCAUAUGCCUAAGGGCGCACAUCUACAUGCCCACUUUAACGCUGAGCUCCCUGUCGACAAACUUCUGGAACGUGCGCGAUCUAUGGAUACAAUGUUCGUAAGAAGUCUAGUACCCUUAUUGAGGCGCGAAGAUUAUGACAAGACGGAAAUUGUCUUCAACGUCCUCCCUUCGACCCAUCCAGAGGCCGAUUUGUUCUCCAAGGAUUACAAGCCAGAUUUCAAGAACACAGACAACAAUCCUUGGAUGAAAUGGACCAAUUUUCAGAGGAUAUUCAGUGAUCGACGCAACGGCGAGAAUGCCGAGGCGUGGGUCAGGACGAAGAUGAUCUUGUCAGAGGAGGAAGUAUACGGUACAUCACAGACCGUGAAUGGUAUUUGGGCCCGCUUCAAUCAGGCCACCAGGUGCUUCAAGGGCCUUUUGAACUAUGAAAGCACUUACCGUUGGUAUGUCAGGAGAGCCAUGGAAAACAUGGUUGAAAAUGGUGUUAUGUAUGCGGAGCUACGGCCUAUGCUCAUGGACAAAACCAUCCCAUCUGAUGAUGGUUUGAGGAUGAUUGAUCUAGAAGGUCAAAUGACCAUCAUUCAAGAGGUCAUGGAUGAGUUCCAAAGAGAACUCAGCGAGCAGAAUGACGAAUCCAAGGUUUUCUGCGGUAUUAAGAUCAUCUACUGUACGCCUCGGUCCAUUCCGAAAGCAAAAAUGCAAUCGGAAUUGGAGGACUGUAUAAAGCUCCAUCUCAAGUUCCCCAAGCUGGUUUGCGGUUUCGAUCUUGUCGGUGCCGAGGACCGGCCAAAUCCGAUCAGCUUUUACCGUGACGAGCUUUUGUCAUUCAUCAAAACCUGCGAGAAGCUGGAUAUCAAGAUUCCAUUCAUGUUCCAUGCCGGAGAAACUCUUUUGGACACUGGCGGUACCAAGGACCCGGAAAACUCCAAUCUCUAUGAGUCGGUGUUGUUGCAUGCUAAGCGCGUGGGGCACGGUUUUGCUUUACCAAAGCAUCCCAAGCUCAUUGAGAGAUUCAAGAAACAAAACAUCUGCAUCGAGAUCUGUCCGGUUUCGAACGAGCUCCUCCAUUUGUGUCGGAACGUCAAAGAGCACCCUUACCCGGAGAUAUUGGCGGCGGGAAUUCCUUGCACAAUCAACGCAGACAAUCCAGCAUUGUUCGGAGCGGAUAUGAACCACGAGUUCUACCAAGUCAUGGUUGGCACACCCAUCAUGAGUGUGCACGGCUGGCGUCAGCUCAUUGAAUGGAGCAUUGAGUACAGCUGUCUCGAGGACGAGGACAAAGAGAAAGCUUCUGUAACUUUCAAGAGGCAGUGGGAAAGCUUUUGUCAGUGGAUUGUGGACAAUUAUAAGGACUAUGCGGAGGGGCUGGAAAUAUCAUGA